AUGUCGAAUCAAUGGUAUUUUAGCCAGGACGAGGUCCUUAGCAGCCCUAGCAUCUUGGAUGGAUUGUCGCCACAAGAUGAGAGGUUAAGGCGAGCAAAAGGCGUUAACUUCAUAUAUCAAGCUGGCAUUCUGCUUGAACUUCCUCAGACUACCCUCUACGUUGCCGGCGUGUUCUUUCACCGAUUCUUCAUGAGAUGCAGCAUGGUUGAAGAAAAACACGGGAUACAUCACUACAAUAUCGCUGCGACUGCGCUCUUCUUAGCGAAUAAGACGGAAGAAAACUGCCGCAAGACUAAAGACAUCAUUAUCGCGGUUGCAAAAGUCGCACAGAAGAAUGUUAAGCUCAUCGUCGACGAGCAAUCUAAGGAAUACUGGCGAUGGCGUGACAGCAUCCUCAUGUUUGAGGAAGUCAUGCUCGAGAACUUAACCUUCGACCUCAUGAUUGAAAGCCCGCAUUUUAAAUUGUAUGACUUCCUUGGUCAGCUGCAGUCAAUUCACAACAAGAGCCUGCGACAUGCCGCUUGGGCCUUCUUAAACGACUCGUGUCUAACCACCCUGCCACUUCUCAUGGACGCGCGCGAUAUCGCCAUCGCAGCUAUCUUCUUCUCCAGCGUUUUUACUGGGGAGCGGAUAGAAGACGUGAACGGCGAGCCAUGGUGGAAGGCGCUAAAUGGCAACGAGGAUAACUGUGCCAAGGCAAUACUUGUCCUCAAAGACUUCUACAUCGAGAACCCCCUACGCAAGCAAGAGAAUCCAUAUUCUCAAUCUCCUGUCUUUAUCCUCGAUAGUACUCGAAGAAGAGGCGAGGACAUCGAUAUACGUUCAACUAAUGGCACCCCCAGAACCGAUAGUGCUACUCAGAGCCCCAGGGGCAAAGUUAGCAGCGUUGACGAAGCGGCAGCAGAAAGAGAAGUUGAUACGGCUGCUGCCGAGUCUGCCUCUCAGGCUGCCCCGGGUGAUUCAGACGUUGUCUUAAAGGAAGCAGCGAAUAAUCCUGGUCUCCAUCCAGGGACUAAUGGUACUAAGAGGAAAGAAGUCGAGUCGCUCGCAUCAGAGAGUCGGGACCCGAAACGGCAGCGUCUUAGCUCGGAUGACGACGAGGGUGAGGUGUAUGAAUAG